CGAAGGAGCAAGAGUGGUCCACUCUUUAUUACGAUGCAGAUUUGAGUUUAUGUCACACUGUAAUUUGCAUUUUCUUGAAACUUUUGUGUUGAAUCAAAUGUGUGUAGUUCAAUUUUCCAAUGACGUUGUUUGUUUUACUUUGUCGCAGAUGGUGGUACCCCUACUGGAUACCGAUAGUGCUCCGCACUGGUUUGCGGCGAAUGUGAGCAUGGUUAAUACAACAGUGGAAAUUAGGGACUCGUUGUCUUCCGCAAUGCAUAAGAGGUCACGUCGGAGCACCUGCGUAGAGAUGCUCCAGACUUUGGACCAAUUGUUUGCCCCUGUCAAGCCAGGAGACCUGAAUUUCAGCGAGUUUGUAAUUAUUUCUUCAAGCAAGGACUACACACAACAACAAAAUGGCCACGAUUGUGGAAUGUUUGUAAUGAAGUACAUGGAAUCACUGUUCGAGGAAAAUGAAAUAUUGGAAGAGUUUGAUCCUAUUGAAGGCAGACUGGAUUGUGUUGGGAAAAUUGUCACCCACGAGAGUAACAAGGCUAAACAUGCUGUGAUGGAGGGAGUUAAGAAGCAAUUUGGAUUGAGCAAAACCAAAGUUCUUCCAUCAACAUCUACAACUAUACCAUUACGUAGUCCAUCAAGGUCUCCUCGAGACCCCGAUUCAGCACAGCGAAGGCCAGGUCCGAAAACAUGUGGACUGGCAAGAGCAAGUCCCCGAAAACACGUCAUUCUAAAAGGCUGGCCAUAA